CCGUCAGCAUCAGUCUACUUGCGUGCUGGUCAGAAUCACUCAGGGAGGAUAUUCCUACUUCAUCUUUGCCAUAAAAUUCAUUUGUUAUAAAAUGAACCUUCCUGGCACAUCAUAAGUCAACGACAUCAUCACCAUCAUCCAAAAAGCAGAAGCGGCUUACUUUUCAAAACCUAUACAACCCAGGCAACGGCUAUUUCAGUUAAAACCUUAAGGAGUUUGCAACCAGAACGUGCGAAAAUGAUGCUACUACGAUUCAUUCUCUUGUCCACGGUCCUCUUCUCCUGGAGUCAAGCCACCUCCGCGGAGGAGGAGGAGGAACCAGCGAACUUCCUCCUGCCGUCUUAUCCUGUGACUUAUUCGACUGGGAGCAUCCUGCAAAAAUCCGGGAGAGACAACUUCCUAGUUCCCGAAUGGCUACAGAACAUUCCCCAAGAAAGCAGGGUUGCCAAGUAUCGCAAACGGCGAUUCCUCAACUUCCCUACGGGAUCGUCGCUUAUCAUGAGAACUGCGCUGUCAAUCGCCGUAAAGGGCAUCCCCGGAAUCGUUUCAGUGGACUUCGGCAUCAACAUGAACGUCAAGCUGCCGAACAACAGCGACAUCAACCUCGGGAGGAGCCUCGACGGCGCCGCCAACGACAGGAGAGAUUUCCUCGGAAGAAUGGAAACGUUUUUGUCCACAUUCGGAAUUGACGGUCACGAGUGUACUUUGAGGACCAUUUGCGAAGUGGCAGAGCUACCAUUCGAUCAUGGAGUCUUUGGUGAAGUUAUCAACAUGAUCCUAACUGCGACCAUAGGAUCUUCGAGUCAUUACGAAAAUAACGAAAUUACCGACGAAUACGCCGAGGCCGAAUACCACGGACGCGAACACGGUUCGUGCGACUCGAUCUACGCCGGAUGUCCGCUGUCCAUCGCCAACAUCUUGUCCAGCGCAGUGCCUAUCUCGCCCUAGUACUACUACUACUACCUCAGUCGACCCAAACUUGACUGAAGGAGGAGAAGCCUUCCUGUAAGUUGGAAGCUCUCACGAAGUCAUCCAAACUGAGAUUAUACUAUUCUUUCAUGACUUUAAUAGGCAACUUUUAUUUAAGACUGAUUUCUUAAGUUUUACAACGAUCCUAUCUUUCCGUUUCUCUCUUUUGUACGCGCCUUCUUCUUCUUCUUCUUAAGAAUUCCCUUUAGAAAGACUAAGACGGUUGUUUCCCUUAGAUAUAUUCCACCUGAUGUAUUGAUAUGUAACUCCCAGUAACUUGGCCAGCAGUGCAAAGACGAAUUUUCCAUGUAAUAGAUACUGUUUAUAUAUGGCCCCCCUCCCACCCUUCCCCAUUCUCCUUUCACCCGUUAUCUUCAACGGUCUCUUCCUAAUUCUCGGUUCACUCCUCAAAGUUGGGUCGAUAUAAUUACCAAUAGUGGAGUUUUUUUUAUAUGUUGAUUUUGUUACCUUAAUUUAUUGAAAUGUUAUUUAUUUUUUGCUUCGUAUACUACUGUUAUUCACAAGCAGCUGUACUACAUGUUGAGCUUCUUUCUUUUAUGAAUUUUCAGUUGGUUCACUGGACCAACACGAUAUUUUUUCACUAGUGAAAACUGCCAGACAGAUAGACAUACAGAAAAUCCUUUAGACAGACAGUGAUGAAGGUUAGGGAGACUCUAAUCAGUUUGUAAAUAAAACUGAAAUUUAUUAUGGACCUCAUAUACACAAAUACGUAUAUGCAACUCUCGACGAACUCCAUGAGUCCAACACUAUUUUUUCUUCAGAGCUUUAACUGACUUUUCUCUGUUGACAUAUAUGAUUUAGAUGUUUAUCCUCAGAACAAAUAUUAUUAAAACGAAUACCAUUUGCUCAAUGUGAAACGUAGACAUAUUAUAGAUUUUGCAAAUAAAUGUUAUUAUUUCA